CAAUUUCCGCCUUUUUUCCAGUUCGCGUAAUGUGCACUUAAACGGCGGGCGUUUGGACCACGCGGAACGUGCUGUCAGCUAGCUGACGGUCACAGUUAACCGUUGGUGCCGUUGGUUCACACCGGACAGAUAACAGCUGAUUGAGACCUUAUAACGUCCGACCCUGUGUCAAUAUAGCAAUUAUAACCCCUUUCGUGUUUUUUCUUUAAGUAAUGUGGGUAUAAUGAGGUGAGGAUGGCCAAGCGACCGGGAACAGACGACGGGAUGUUGACUUCGCCGACCGUUCUCCGGGAUUUCGCAGCCGAUUUGAACACCGGAGACGUGAACAUGGACUGCAGCGACGGAGCCGCGGAGGUCUCCCUGGAAGAGAUCCUGAAACUGUACAGCCAGCCGAUAAACGAGGAGCAGGCAUGGGCGGUUUGUUAUCAGUGUGGUCGGACUUUAGCGCAGAAACAUCGGAGAAAAGGCUCCAAGUGUGCCGGUGCCUCAGCCGUCGACUAUCCGAGGAGGAUCGAGGGACCCGGGGAUGUGAGCAUCGGGAGAGACGGGACUGUCUCACUGCACUGUGAAGACAGCACAGAUAAAUACCAACCGGCCCCCACGUCAUUAGAGGUUAUCGACUCUCUGGGUGUCAUGAUUUACAAAGCCCUGGACUUUGGCCUCAAAGAAAAUGAGGAGCGUGAACUCAGCCCGCCGCUGGAGCACCUCAUCGACAUGAUGACCAACACCGAUGAAACCGAGAGUGACUCCUGUCCUGACGAGGGCUACGAAGCCACGGAGGAGGAGGAAGAAGAGGAGGGAGAGGAGCCCCUCCCUGCCACCACCAGCACCUCAGUCAGCAGAAUUCGUAGCUAUGCAGACCUCAUGACGCUAUGUUCUUCCCACCUUCCAAGCCCAUCAGACGCCCCCAACCAUUACCAGGCUGUGUGUCGUGCUCUCUAUGCCGAAACCAGAGAACUACACACCUUUCUGGAAAAAAUCAAGAGUGCCAAGGAGAACCUUCGGAAAAUGGAAGGCGAGACUCGGGAUGAACCUGUUAAAGACCUCGAUGAGCUGCAAAAUUCAGAUUGGGCACGGUUUUGGGUGCAGGUGAUGCGAGAUCUGCGAGACGGUGUAAAACUGAAGAAGGUUCAGGAGCGCCAGUACAACCCGCUACCCAUUGAAUACCAGCUCACACCGUACGAAAUGCUGAUGGACGAUAUCCGCUCCAAACGUUACAAGCUGCGAAAAGUCAUGGUGAAUGGAGACAUCCCGCCAAGGUUAAAGAAGAGUGCUCAUGAGAUAAUUCUUGAAUUCAUCAGGUCGCGACCGCCUCUCAACCCUGUCGCAGCCCGUAAGCUGAAGCCCCAUCCACCACGUCCCAGGAGCCUCCACGAGCGCCUGCUGGAGGGCAUCAAAUCUGAGAGGAAGCUCAGGCCGGUCUCGCCAGACAUGAUCCGCAGAAACCGCCUGGUCAUGCGGCCUCUUAGCAUGUCUUACAGCUUUGACUCAUCAGGUGCAGGGAAAAGCAUCAGCACUCCUCAGGACUUGUUCCGCAGCUCAGACACUCCUGAUGCACCGAGGAAACUGGCUGUCAGCACCCAGUCGUUGGCCAGUGGCAACCUGGGGCCCAAUCAAGGUGGAUCACAGGCCCUCAGCCAGAGGAAGAGGCUGCUCCAUGCGCCCACGCUGGCUGAGCUCGACAGUUCUGAAUCUGAUGAGGAGCCCACGCGGAGCAGCUCCAGUAUGUCCCCGUCUCUGAUGGACGACAUGUCACCAGAGUCCGCCAUAGGAAAGAAAGCUCCUCCAAAGUUCCUUCCCGUCUCUGCGACCCCACAGCCAGACAAGCGACAGUCUCCACAGAGGCGGCACUCUAUCGAGAAGGAGGCUCCUACCAGUGUUUCCCCCUUUGCACCACCAUCCAGACAGACCUCCAAAUCUUUGGUGGAAGCAGCCAGUGGUGCUCAGGGCACGGAGGAGUUCUGCUACCCGGUGGAGUGUCUGGCUCUGACGGUGGAGGAGGUGAUGCAUAUCAGGCAGGUUCUGGUCAAGGCCGAGCUGGAGAAGUUUCAGCAGUACAAAGAGAUCUACACCGCUCUCAAGAAAGGAAAGGUUUGCUUUUCAUGUCGGACCAAGAGGUUCUCUCUUUUCACCUGGUCCUACACCUGCCAGUUCUGCAAAAGGCCGGUGUGUUCCCAGUGCUCUAAAAAGAUGCGGCUGCCAUCCAAGCCCUACUCCACCUUGCCCAUUUAUUCUCUGGGCCCCAGUGCUGUGGCUAAAGAGGAGGCAAGCGGAUCGUCUGGCCCAGCGGAGCCAGAAAAGCAUCCUUUUGGGUCUGGACACAGUCGACACAGCCUGCGCAGAAGGUUGUCUAAGCACAGCAGCAAAGAUGGCCGAUCACAGGAUGAGCCAGAGCUGCCCAAGGAGCUUACUGAGGACUGGGUCACCAUGGAGAUCUGCGUAGACUGCAAAAAGUUCAUCACAGAGAUCAUUACAUCCAGCAAGCGCAGCCUGUGCAUGGCCACCAAACGUGCCCGACUCAAUCGCAAAACCCAGUCCUUCUACAUGUCAUCGUCCAACUCUGUCAACUUCAGGCCAUCUGAGCGCACCAUCAACGAGGUGUAGAACGUGGGACUGCCCUGUGCACUUUUCUUCACACCUCUCCCAGAGCUUAGUUGUCCAAUGAAAAACAAAUCCCCUUAUUGAAGCCAGUUCAUCCCUCCCCAAAGUUAGUAAAGGUCCUUGUACCUUUCCCCGACUCAGGUAAAGUUGGCACGCUGUGAUUGGUCAUGACUGGUCAGGACUGUGCGGUAGCUGCCAGAUAACAAAGGAGAGCCAUGUUUCUAUUAAAGCGAUCAUUCAGGACUCGGUGGGUCAAGCGGAUAAAUUGAGUUGCUGAUUGUGAACCAGGUGAGAGAAUGUAUACUUGACAUAAGGGUAGGAUACAAAAAGCCAAAAGCUGCAGUGAUGACGUGUAAAUAGUACAAAGGCCCGCCCCUAAUCUUAGCUAAUAAAUACGUUUUCCAGUUCCUGUUUACUUCUAGCGCUCAGGAUGAACAACAGAUUGUCUUUUGACAGAAAUGCACUGUAGAUCCUCCUGUCAGGUCUGUUGGGGUCGACCUCUGCCACUCCCCUCUCUCUUAUUCUUCCAGCAACAAUUAUGCCAAAUGUUACAUCACUUUUUUUUCCUUUUUUUUUUAGCCAGUUCAAAUUCACUGUUCUCAUGUUGUAGGGACGACAAUGUGGUGAGAAUAGUCUGAUUAUUUUUCUGGGUGGGUUUUUAGCUUUUAGUUUUAAUGUAUAUUCAAUUCUGUGCCUGGUGCCAAAAUGUAAUUUCUUUCUUUGAAUGCCUUUAUGGACCUAAUGUACAUAUGUGUGAUAAACUCAAUGGGGGACAUUUUAGGGGAAUCCAAGGUUUGGUUUCUUGCCCUUUCCAUGUUCCAAGGUGGCUAACAGAAGCACAGAAAUGUAGGGUUAUGAAUGUGUACAUGCUGUAUAUCUUAAUUGUUCCAAAUUUAAUAUAAAAAAACAUAGCUAAGUAGAAGUAUAAUUUUACCAUGUUUUUAGUUAUCUGCCUCUAGAGAUACUUUAUUUGAAAUUCAUCUCUGAAACCUUUAUUAUUAGUGUUAUUAUGUUUGUGUCAAUGUAAUAUUAAGAUUUUAUUUCUAUUGUAUAGUUUAUAAACUCCUCAGUGUUAAAAAAUAAUCCUCUGAAUCGCACUUUUAUUGGACCAAUUUAUUGUUUAUGUUGGGUUUUUGUCUUAAUUAAUAAUAAUAAAUAUUAAAAUCUUAGUUUUUCACCUCUUGGAGGGGUCCAUAGUGCCAUUUCCCCAGACUUCCUCAUGAAUGAAAAUGUGUGUGAAUGGCUGCAGGUUGUGAGAAUGAAAAAAUGGCCCAAACAAAACACUCCAUGAAUGUAGGCAAGUGUAUAACUGUCACUGAAUAUGCUUUAUGACCUUAUUAUCCCCUUCCAAGACUUCAAUACACACACACACACACACACACACACACACACACACACACACACACACACACACACUUGCUCACUCUCAUAUAGUGUGUUUUGUGACAUUUGUUACCAAAUGAACACGAAGCCUAACCAGCCUGUUCAAUACCGGUGCCACAUGUUCCAGUGAAACCAUACAUCUGACCAGUUUUCUUUCCGGCCUCUGUAAGGAAUGUAUGCAUGCUGUACUGUGAUCUGUUUGUUUUUAUGACAGAAAUUAUAAUAAAAUCAUCAUGGUUCUUACUUUGA